GGCUGCGUAUCAAACCGGAGAAUGGAGUGGAACGUUCUCUCGGCUUGAUACUUUCCGCACUCCUCACUCCAAAACCCGCCAAAAUCGACACAAUCAAAUUCAGGCAAAAUUCCGCGUCGAAAUUCAGAAUCUGGAACAGAGCUGAACUCCGGUGGCUGAACUCGUGACACGAAAUGGAUCCAAUUGUUGCAACGAAGGAGCUAUCGUUUCGCGUCGGCUUUUCCGGCCACAGCGGCCAUCUCAGAAUCGAGCCUCUUGCAACUGUGGAGCGCCCCAGCCCUGUUAGAUCGCUCCCGGAUUUCAUACUUCCACCUGCAUUUCCUAAGGAAACUCCUGAAACGAUAAAAGGCUACAUUGAAGAGACUUUUCUCCGGCCGGAGUUAGACCCUGAUGAAUUUUCCCCACAAAAGGCAGGAAGACAGUGGGAUUUUGAUUGGUUUGAAAUGGCAAAAGUAUCUUUGGAUCCAUCUCAGCCAAGAUCAGUCAUGGUCCCUACAUGGGUGUUGCCAUUUGAACGCCCAAAGAAGGAUGGAACUUCUGGAGGGACAUGGGAACCUGGUUCUGUGCAGGUGGAUGUUUCAGAAUUAAAUGUGGAAACUCAAGAAUCUGGUUCACAGCCACGAGUGCCAGGACCAGCAAAAGAUUUUGUAAGGGGAAGCAUAAAUAAUCGCCCUUUUCGACCUGGUGGUUUGGAUGAUUCUCAAUCUAUUGAAAGAAUUCUUCCUGAUGCAGCUUCUAAUGGCGAGUGGGUGCAUGAAGUUCUAAAUGGUGGUCCUGCUCAAUCUGUUCCACCUAUUUUAAAGCAAGGAUUGGACCUCGGUGAUCUAAAGGUGUAUCCAAACUCUUGGAAUGUUUAUGAGGACCAAAGUUCAUUCAAGAGCUCAUCAGUUGGAAACCUGCAGAGUGAGUUGUCUGUACAAUUUGAUGAUUUGUUCAAGAAGGCUUGGGAAGAGGAUGCCAUAGUAUCCGUGGAAGAUGACCAAUCAUCAAAAGCAGAAUCCAUGAAGUUAGAAUCCAUGAAGUUUGAAGCUCAAGUUAACGAACCCGAAGCCGCUAGCAUUGCACCUGCACCUGAAAUAUCUGUGUUGGAUGAAAUUUUGUCCCUUGAAUCUGGAGGAUUGCCAUUGAGACCCGAUCAAGCUACUGAUGGUGGAGGACAAAAGAAGGAGGCUUGGGUCGUAACUGGUGGCCGUGAUGAGAUUUCUUUGCACUUUCAUGAGCUCGUACCUGACAUGGCACUUGAUUUUCCUUUCGAAUUGGACACUUUUCAGAAGGAGGCUAUAUAUCAUCUUGAAAAGGGGGACUCUGUAUUUGUUGCUGCACAUACAUCAGCUGGAAAGACCGUUGUUGCAGAGUAUGCAUUUGCUCUAACCACCAAACACUGUACUAGGGCUGUAUAUACAGCUCCCAUCAAAACUAUCAGUAAUCAGAAGUAUCGGGAUUUUUGUGGGAAAUUUGAUGUUGGACUUCUGACUGGAGAUGUUAGCUUGAGGCCAGAGGCUUCUUGUCUUAUAAUGACCACUGAAAUAUUAAGGUCAAUGCUUUAUCGAGGUGCUGAUAUUAUCCGUGAUAUUGAAUGGGUUAUAUUUGAUGAGGUGCACUAUGUCAAUGAUAUUGAAAGAGGUGUUGUCUGGGAAGAAGUUAUCAUUAUGCUUCCACGACAUAUCAAUAUUGUCCUUCUUUCAGCCACGGUUCCAAACACUAUUGAAUUUGCUGACUGGAUUGGUCGGACGAAGCAAAAGAGAAUUCAUGUCACUGGGACUACCAAAAGACCAGUACCUCUGGAGCACUGCGUUUUUUAUUCUGGUGAAUUAUAUAAAAUAUGUGAAAGUGAAAUUUUUUUACCUCAUGGUCUAAAAGCUGCCAAAGAUGCGUCCAAGAAAAAGAGUAUUGUUAGAGUUCAAGGCCUUCUUCAUAGAGGGAUUGGAGUGCAUCAUGCAGGUCUACUUCCAAUUGUUAAGGAAGUCGUCGAAAUGCUAUUUUGCCGUGGGGUGAUAAAGGUUUUGUUUUCAACAGAAACAUUUGCAAUGGGAGUUAAUGCACCAGCAAGAACGGUUGUUUUUGACACUUUAAGGAAGUUUGAUGGAAAGGAGUUUAGGCAAUUAUUACCAGGGGAAUAUACCCAAAUGGCAGGUCGUGCUGGUAGAAGGGGACUGGAUAAAAUUGGAACUGUCAUUGUAAUGUGUCGUGAGGAGAUUCCAGAAGAGAAGGAUUUGAAGCGUGUGAUAGUUGGAAGUGCUACCAAGCUUGAAUCUCAAUUCCGUUUAACCUAUAUAAUGAUCCUACAUCUCCUUCGGGUUGAAGAGUUAAAGGUAGAAGACAUGUUGAAAAGAAGUUUUGCUGAAUUCCAUUCCCAGAAGAAACUCCCUGAAAAGCAGCAACUUCUAAUGCGAAAGCUAGCUCAACCUACAAGAAUCGUAGAAUGUAUUAAAGGCGAGCCAACCAUUGAGGAAUACUACGACUUAUAUGCUGUAGCUGAAAAGCAUAGCAACCAGAUCUCAGAAGCAGUCAUGCAAUCGUCUGCAGUUCAACAAUUUCUUACUGCUGGAAGAGUGGUUGUUGUAAAAUCACCGUCUGCCAAAGAUCACUUACUUGCAGUCAUUGUCAAAGCCCUUUCCAUGGCUAGCAAGCAAUAUAUUGUUCUGGUGCUGAAACCUGAUUCACCACCUGUCCAAAGUUCUUCAAGUGGUGAUUUAGACAAGAAAAAAGAGGAUUUUCCCCAAGGUUACUUUAUGGUACCGAAGUCAAAACGUGGUCUUGAAAAUGAUUACUAUUCUCCAUCUACACGUAAAGGAUCUGGUGUUGUAAAUAUAAGAUUACCACAUGGCGGUGCUGCUGCUGGCGUAAGUUAUGAGGUUAGAGGAGUCGAUGCCAAAGAAUUUUUGUGCAUUUGCAAUAAAAAGAUAAAGUUAGAUCCAGGUAGGCUUCUUGAAGAAGUAAGUAAUGUUGCUUACUCCCAGACAGUUCAACAGCUUUUGGAUAUAAAAUCUGAUGGGAAGUACCCUCCAGCCCUAGAUCCAGUAAAAGAUUUGAAGUUAAAAGAUGUAAAUCUUGUGGAGGCGUACAAGGAUUGUACUGACUUAAUGCUAAAGAUGGUAGCUAACAAGUGCCAUGGGUGCAUAAAAUUGGGGGAGCACCUGAAAUUAGCAGCAGAGAUGAAGAAACACAAAGAGGAAGUUAAUAACCUUAAGUUUCAAAUGUCGGAUGAAGCACUUCAACAAAUGCCAGAUUUUCAGGGCCGGAUUGAUGUUUUAAAGGAAAUUGGCUGCAUAAAUUCUGACCUCGUGGUUCAAAUCAAAGGUCGUGUUGCCUGUGAGAUGAACUCAGGGGAGGAGUUGAUUUGUACAGAGUGUUUAUUCGAGAAUCAAUUGGAUGACCUUGAACCAGAAGAAGCAGUGGCAUUAAUGUCUGCUUUUGUGUUCCAGCAGAAAAAUACCUCCGAACCCUCUCUUACUCCAAAGCUGUCUAUGGCUAAAAAGAGAUUGUACGAGACAGCCAUUAGACUUGGCCAGCUUCAAGCUCAGUCCAGACUUCCAAUAGGCCCCGAGGAAUAUGCCCGAGAUAAUCUCAAGUUCGGUCUCGUCGAAGUAGUCUAUGAAUGGGCAAAAGGAACUCCAUUUGCAGAUAUCUGUGAGCUCACCGAUGUUCCUGAAGGCAUGAUUGUAAGAACUAUUGUCAGAUUGGACGAAACGUGUCGAGAAUUCAAAAAUGCAGCGGCUAUUAUGGGUAAUUCUGCACUCCAUAAGAAGAUGGAAACUGCAUCGAAUGCUAUAAAACGCGAUAUCGUAUUUGCUGCUAGUUUGUACAUCACUGGACUUUGAAAAUGGCCAAUUUUAAGGUGUGUUGCCUCUUUCAUUCUUGAAAUCACACGAGAGCCAAUUUAGAAUAGAAUUCAUUACCCUUCCGUCUGUUGUAUUUGUACAUUAUCAUGUACUCUUUUUGGUAGUUAAAAAAGUACAAAAGAAAAAAAAAAGAUAAAUUAUUUCAA